UACAUUUCCUAUCAAGCACUUCGGCUGCGGCGCAAGCGUAGAUGGUUUAAUUUAGUGUACAGACAACCGGAAGCUCCACUCUGAAACUGACCGAACGGGAUAGUUCUUGGUGUGAUGGAGAGGUGAUGUGCCAGUCAGAGGAGUGAUAAGGCCAGAGCAGCCAUGACUGAGUGCUUCCUGCCCCCCAGCAGCAGCAGCCCUGCAGAGCAGCGCAGGGCUGAGCACCCAGGGGGUGUGGCCCGCACCCCCAGCUCUGAGGAGAUCAGUCCCACCAAGUUCCCCGGCUUGUACCGCACCGGCGAACCAUCGCCACCUCAUGAUGGCCAUCACCACGAGGCACCUGACGCCUACGUCUCAGACGAUGACAAAGAGCACAGCAAGAAGAAGAACAAGUUCAAGAAGAAGGAGAAAAGGACGGAAGGCUACGCCGCUUUCCAGGAGGACAGUUCAGCAGACGAAGCAGAAAGCCCGUCCAAGAUGAAGCGCUCCAAGGGAAUCCAUGUGUUCAAGAAGCCCAGCUUCUCCAAGAAGAAGGAAAAGGACUUCAAGGUAAAGGAGAAGGGCCCCAAGGAGGACAAGGCUAAGGACAAGAAAUCUAAGGACCUGACGGCUGCAGAUGUGGUUAAACAAUGGAAGGAGAAGAAGAAGAAGAAGAAACCGACAACUGAGGCAGAGCCAGUCCCAGUGGAGAUCCCCACCUUCAGGCCCAUCUUUGGAGCACCUCUGACUGAAGCUGUCAAGCGGACGGCUCUGUAUGAUGGGAUCCAGCUGCCAGCCAUCUUCAGAGAAUGUUUGGACUACAUUGAAAGUUAUGGCAUGACCUGUGAAGGCAUCUACCGAGUCUCAGGCAUGAAGUCCAAGGUGGAUGAAUUGAAAGCAGCAUAUGACCGUGAGGAGUGCCCCUGCCUGGAGGAGUAUGACCCUCACACGGUUGCCAGCCUACUGAAGCAGUACCUACGGGAGCUGCCAGAUAACCUGUUGGGCCGAGAUCUGGCCCAGCGCUUUGAGGACGCCUGCGGUCGGCAGGUGGAGGCGGAGAAGAUGACGGAGUUCCAGAGGCUGCUGACCGAGGUGGCGCCGGAGAGCCGACUUAUUCUCUCCUGGCUUAUCACGCACAUGGACCACGUCAUCGCCAGGGAGGCGGACACCAAGAUGAAUAUUCAGAAUAUCUCCAUCGUCCUUAACCCAACCAUACAGAUUGGGAACCGUGUUCUUUACAUGUUCUUCACACACGUGAGGGAGCUGUUUGGAGACGUAGUCCUGAAGCCUGUGGUGCGGCCACUUCGCUGGUCCAACAUGGCAACCAUGCCGGCGCUGCCUGAGACCCAGGAGAACAUCAAAGAGGAGAUCCGACGACAGGAGUUCCUGCUGAACUGCCUGCACAGGGACCUGCAGGCAGGGGUGAAGGACUUAUCUAAGGAAGAGCGGCUCUGGGAGGUUCAGAGAAUCCUGACGGCUCUAAAACGCAAACUGAGGGAGGCCAAACGACAGGAGUGUGAGAGUAAGAUAGCCCAGGAGAUAGCAAGCCUCUCGAAGGAGGAUGUUUCAAAAGAGGAAAUGACUGAGAAUGAAGAGGAAGUAAUUAACCUCCUCUUAGCACAGGAAAAUGAGAUCCUAACAGAGCAGGAGGAGCUGAUCUCUCUUGAGCAGGUUCUCCGUAGACAGAUUGCUACUGAGAAGGAAGAAAUCGAGAGACUACGAGCAGAGAUUGCAGACAUACAGAGCGUUGUAUUCCUUAGCCGGCAGCAGGGGCGCAGUGAGACAGAGGAAUAUUCUUCUGACAGUGAAAGUGAGAGCGAAGAUGAGGAAGAGCUGCAGAUGAUUCUGGAAGACCUGCAGAAACAAAAUGAGGAACUGGAGAACAAAAAUACCCACCUGAACCAGGCCAUCCACGAGGAGCAGGAAGCCAUCUUGGAGCUCCGCGUUCAGCUUCGCCUCCUGCACAGCCACAAACUGCUGCAGGAACUGACCGUCCAACCGCCGGUGGAGCAGGCCCCGCCCACGCAGCCCAGCCCGGAGCCCCGCACCGAGGAGCAGACCAAAAGUUUGGUUGCCGCGGUGGCUGGCGGUGCAGAUGCCGCUGCCUCCGUCAAUGGCAAGGCAGCAAAGGAUCCUUCAAAGCCCUCACCGAACAAAGACAGGAGGGACACCAACAUGUGAAAUAUCAUCUCAGUGAUGUGUUUGGUGGCUCUGUGCUGCCGUACGUCUCUACCGCUGGUCAGUUGUCCCGUAGUGUUACUCGUCAUCCACUGAAGAAUUCACUUUGCUGGAUCCAUGAGUUCAUUAGUAAUAGUGUCCACCAAGUGGCUGCCAUGGAAAAAUCUGGUCUACUGUCUUUGGCGUCCUGAACCUUUUUUAGCAGGAAUCAAAAACCUUGUUUGUCAUUUUUCAAUGCAAAACACCAAUAACUAGAGAAGCUGGUGUAGUGGCUACUACUUGGAGAGACUAGGUGGACCAUAUUAUCAAAUCCACAGUGCCAAGCAUGUAUGAAGGUAGAAGUGGGUGGGCGGAGCACGUAGGGGGAAGGAAGAGGGUAAAAAAAAAAACGUAAGUCAGGCACCUUGCCAGUAUGUGACAUAUAGCUUAUUGUUGCUGGUAAGGGCUCAAGUGAAGAACAUAAACCAGAUAUAAUCUCAGUUCUUGUAUCUCACCAUAUCCCUCAUCUUAGGAAAGAGACCACUGUGCCAUAAAGAAGACGCCAACCUGGACACAUUUCCCCAGAGAACCACUAAAACAAAAGCUCUUUGAAUAAUGAAGAAUUUAUGAUUGGUCGACCUAUAUAUUAUAUAUUUAAGUAGUAUUCUGAAGAAUACGAUGACUAUUCAAGAAAUACAUUGAUUUUAAGUAACAGCUUUUUAGUAAUAUAUGAAAAUAUGUAUAAAUAUAUUGUAGAUGCUUUCCUUUCUUUGAACAGCAGCUGCACACAAACACAGUGGCGUUGUGCCUCCCAACUGACCAGUGGAUGAAAACAUGAACGGCAAACAAAUACGCAACAGAAGUAUAUUCAUCACUGGAUAAUAUAGAUAGGCAAACAGCUGGAGGCCGCGUUGUUACAGUCACACUUUGCUCUGUAGUGCAAUCAUCUUCUCUCUGCUUCUCUUGCACAAACAAGAAAACGUGGAAAUUACAUUUCUGCAGUUUUGUGAUGGAACGACAAAUCCGUUGCGAUGAUUAUUGUCGCCAAAAUGUGUGCUGAGACACGCAGGAGGCUCAUUUAGUUUUGUUGUGUAUUUGGUCAUGUUUUUGAACUCUUGAUGUGUGGAGUUAUCGUUCAUCAGUUGAAAGUGAGUAAAAAAAAACUUAAAGAUUACAAGACAGUCAUUUAAUUUCACCACUGGUCCAUGGCUAUUGCAAAGUACUGUCAUUGCUCAGUGAUAUUUAAAGCAAAGGCAUGCCCUGGCUUACUCACCAUAUCAUUGUAAAAUUGCAAACAUACUGUAUUUUCAGCUCCUAUGUUUUGUCACAUUCUUUUUUUAUUAUUAAUAAUGACCUGUAUGGAGUAUGCUAAUGUAACUGCCCCUGCCUUGGUCAUGGGCAAAUCAAAGCAAUCUCUUCUGGACUCAUGAUUCAACAUGUUAUUACUCCUGUGACUGAAACAGAUAAGUGCUAGAUUGGGCUCAGAAGCUCCUCAUGAGGUUAUUUUCAUAAUGUUCCAAGCUUUUCUAGCUUAUUGUUGCAGACAGAAUAAUGCUGUGAAGAAUAAAGUGUUGAUCUGAGUAACUUA